CGACAUUGAAUUUCGCCGCUCGAAUUCUCAGUUCGAACCUUUCCGUUCAGUUCACCGGUAGAAGAGACUAAACAGUGGCCAUGGCGGAGAAUACCCCCAACGACGGCGAUGUUCCUCCAAAAAUGACUAUUUACAUUAAUAACCUCAACGAAAAAAUUAAGCUUGACUGUAUUAAGCACAUUUAUAUUUAUGCCUGCAUUUUUACAUGCAUUUGGAUGCAAUUGAAUAUCUUUUUUAAGUAUUUCUGAAUGUAUUAUGUUCUAUAGAUUGAUUAUUUCUUUUUAAAAUUGAAGAAAUCGCUUCACGCUGUGUUUUCGCAAUUUGGGAAGAUUCCGGAGGUUUUGGCAUUCAAAAUCCUAAAACACAAGGGGCAAGCUUGGGUGAUUUUCGAGGAGGUUUCUUCUGCCAUUGAUGCACUUCGACAUAUGCUGCGAUUUCAUUUCCACGACAAGCCCAUGCUUUCUCAAAUUCCAUAUAUGGGGGCUAUAGCUGCUGUCCAGGAGGCACCAUCUCCACCAAAUAACAUUUUAUUUAAUCAGAAUCUUCCUUCCCAGACGACCCCAAUGAUGCUGCAAAUGCUUUAUUGUCAAUAUCCUGGAUUUAAGGAAGUUAGAAUGGUGGAAGCAAAACCCGGAAUUGCUUUUCUAGAAUACGAAAAUGAGAUGCAAUCAACUAUUGCAAUGCAGGGACUUCAGGGAUUCAAGAUAACCCAAGACAAUCCUUUGUUGAUUACCUAUGCAAAGAAGUAGACAACGUUUUUGUACUGUUUUGCCCAAGAGAGUGAAUGUUUCUCCGUAUUUAAUCAUUAUAAGCGGCAGCUUUCCGGUAGUACCUGUGUUGUAUUAUUACUUUCUCAAAUAUUAUGAGUGUCUAUUUUUCAAUUCAAUAUCUUUUUUGUGGUACUUCAGUUUAAGUAAUUUUGCUUGUGCUCUAGCCCAGGUACAUUGUA